AUGGUAUCGCGAAAGCGCACCCGCUCCGAGGUGGACGCUCCUCCAGAGCAGCCACACGAGGAGCCUGGUUUGCUAACCCAGCUUCGAAAUAGCUGGGAGUUUGCGAAUCUCAUGCAGUAUAUCGCAAUCUUUGGGAAACUCAUGAAAAUCGAUGAGGAUUUUGGAAUUGAAGAUUUGGAGAACGAAUGUCUCAAACCUGGCACUUCAGAAAAGCUUCUCGAGAUCGGGCUGUGUCUCCUCAAAUGGGUUUCGUCGCAUCGCGGCCUUACGUUUGAUAACUUCGACGAAUACACGCGACGGCAGUAUAAUGCGAAAGCUCCACACGUUCCCAAUCCCUUCGGGUACGAUGAAACCCCAAACAAGUUCUCAGAGUUCGACGUCUUCUUGAAACUGCGGGUCCUCCAUCAGCUUACGAUAUGGACUUUUUGGAACCCCGAUCGGAUCCGUGAUAAGAUGCCAGAACAGAGGGAGAUCGACCAAACACAAUGGCGUAUUGAGGAAGUAGGAUACGAUCGCGAAGGCCGCUACUACUACAUUUUGGACGACAACAGACUUUACCGCCGUACCGAUCCACCCCUCCCCCCUCCGAAGCCUGCUAAGUCGAAAUCCAAGAGGAAGAGCGCUCGUGCCGUGAGGGCAUCGAAAAGGAGGAGGGUUGUAGGCGCCGCAUCUGACGACGAUUCUGAUGGGAAUACCAAUGGUAUUCAAGCCGAUGCUGCCCCUGAUCCCUUUGCGAAUAUGAAGUGGGAAUGCAUCGCCAUUACGCUUCCUGACUACCAGGAAUUCUUAGACUCCAUAAAGAAUACGAGAGACGCGGACGAAAAGAUUCUCAGAGAUAGAAUUGAGGAACAGGUAUUGCCGGUGAUUGAGAAGGAGGAAGCAGCUCAGGAGCGACAAAGAGCCAAGCGUGAGAAGGAGCUCGCCAACCUCCAGCUUCUCGCUGGCGCUAAAAGAUCGAGCCGUAUUGCCGAAAAGGCUGAGAAGGAGCGACACGAUCGCGAGACUGUCGAGGCAGCGCAGAAGCGGGAGGUAGAAUUGACAGCUGCUCGCAAGGAGGAGGAGAGGAUGAAGAAGAUGGAAUCCGAAAGACGGUCUCGCAUGAUGACUCGGGAGCAACGCAUCAAGGAUCGUGAGAGGAAGCGUUUAUUGCAUGAAAGUGAGCUACAGAGGAUAGAAGAAGAGCAAAAGAAGCUUGAAAGAGGCGAAAGCCGGGCUUCUGAGAGGCAUCUCAGGGCAGAGUUGGAGAAGCAGAGGAAGAAUUUGGAAGAUCUUUCGCAGGAAGACGAAUGGAUAUUCGAUUGUUCCGGAUGUGGUGUUCACGGAGAAAAUCUGGACGAUGGCUCUCAUAGUGUUGCAUGCGAAAAGUGCAAUGUGUGGCAGCACAGCAAGUGCCUUGGUAUCGCACAAGAUGAGGCUGAGCGCGAGGAUUUCCAUUUCGUCUGCAAGGACUGCAAGCGCCGCGAGGAGGAAGCGAAACUUCCCAAAAUACCACCACUUAAGUUCCGCCUUGGUUCUUCUCCAUCGCAAGAUAUUCAUGGUCAUGGAAGCCAUGAAGAUACACACACUGCACCAAAGCCUACUCCUACAAAAAUGCAUGAUGCUUCGUCGAUGGCAGUUAAUGGGUCCCCAUCCAAACAACCUGUGCUAUCUCCACAAUCUCAUGCUCGAGCUCCAGUUUAUACCGCACCCCUUUCAUUCCCCCCGCCUUCCCCCGAACGUCGAUCUCAGCCCAUGCUUGCUGCUUCCUUCAGUCCUUCCCGUGCCCCGUUCUCUCCUUCAAAAGGGGUGAACGGACUAACUCCGUCUUUCCAAGAGCAACCUCCUAAAUUACCGUCUAUUCAACAGGCAACUCAUCUUCCCCCUCUUGGCCGGGGACCUCUUCCUCCGGUCUCUUUUGGCUCACGGCGGCCUUCAUCUUCUCACUCGAUAAAUAGCCUAGCUCUUCUAUCUCCCAUUCAAAAUCGACCCUCGAUGUCUCCUACUCAGGGUAAUCGUGACGUUGGGCCUCUUGCAGGAUUUCCCCCUAUGGCGUCGUCUGACAGUAAUGCACCGUGGACUCCGUUUGGCCACCAUCAGACUCCACGCCCCAGCACUGCCAAUCACCCGUCCUUUUCUUCGAUUUCUAGUGCGAAUGUAUCGUUUAUGGCCACACCUACUACGAACCGGUCCUCGACCCCUCAGAACUCGCAGCCUGUGCUACUUUCUGGCCUCAGUCCAACCAAACAAUCACCACGACCUAUGACUUCUGGAAGCUUAACCGGUGCCCCUAUUCUACCACCAAUCCAGAAACUUGAACCGAGCCCUAAGUUGAUGGGCAGAAGCUCGCCCGAUGCGCCCAUUCCCCCGCCUGUAAAAUGCAUGACUCCAGAGCAGGAGGAGCGCCGGCAGAGGGAGAAUGCCAUGGGCUUCCACAGCCACUUCCCUUCAGCCUUGAAUGGCCAGCCAGUGAUGUCAUCACCGUCGAUCAAUCGCAUACCACCUUUAGAACCAUCCGCGGCCCCGAAACCUGAAAUGUCCCCUACCCAACCUAGCCAGCGAUGA